AUGCUCGUUUUCAUUAUUUUCAACCGAGUUUUUGCAGAGACGAAAUUUUCAAUUGGUCAAGAAGAAAUCCGCAUCUUCGAAAAUUGUCCGAAUCCAUUGGAAUUAACUCGAUAUAUUCAAAUUUCAGGAGGGCAAAAUGGCUUAGGGUCGAAUCUUGAUCUAUCCAAAGAAGAAAAAUCCGUGGAAAUUUGCUGCAAGCCUUGCUGCGAGUGCUAUGAGGCUAUUGACUGCGAUGAUGUUCAAGAGGUCGAAUUUUCUGACGAGAAAAAGGCCGAGAUUGUUGAUUUUCUCAAAAGAGCAUUGACUUGGAGUUUUGUUGAAGAAAUCGCAAUUCACGAUUCUUGCCGAGAAUUCUUCGUUCUCGAAUCAGAGAUCUUCUUCUACCUUCCAAAACUCAAAGAAAUUUUCCUUCUUUCCCGGAACGGAAGAAAUUCCUUGGCGAAGUUUGAUGACUCAUCGAAAAAAUUUAUCUGCGCCCCAAAAGCUCAUGUUCUUUCAAAUCAGAUUCUAGGCGCAAUUAUUUCUGAAAACCGAGAUUUUCGAGCUACUGAAAUGGUAAUUGAUCUUCACGAAGAAAACCUUGCUUUGGGACAAUCAAGUUCGAUUAUUGAAGAUCUUCAAAACUGUGCAAAAAGACUUCUUCAUGUUAUUCUUUACAAAAAAACUACGGAAUAA